ACUCCAGCUUCCAUCAAGGAGGAGAGGACUCGGAUUGGGGUGGAUCCGGGAUCCCGAAGGAUCCGCCCAAGGGGAGGGGUCCAAGGAGGGAAGGGCUCAUCGCAGCUCUGGCAAAUUCGCCUUUGGGAGCCGUCGGCCUUAACGCCUCUCUGAAACUUUUCCACUCAGCUCUUUGGGUUUGGAAAGGCCCUUUGCCCCCCUCCCUCCCUCCCAAGAUGGGGUUCUCCAUAUGGAACAGCUCUCCCUCUUCCCUGCGGCGGGGACAGCGAUGCUAGAAGCGCGGUCUGGAUGCAGUGGGUGUGUUUGCAGGCCGGCGGCCAUGAAGCACUGUUACUACAACGAGUCGGUGGGUUUCUUCUACAACAACAGCCGGAAGGAGCUCACCACCUACUGGAGGACCAAAGAUGUCCUGGUGGUGGCCCUGGGUCUCACCGUCAGCCUCAUCGUCCUCCUCACCAACCUCCUGGUCAUCGCCGCCAUCAUCAUCAACCGCCGCUUCCAUUACCCCAUCUAUUACCUCCUGGGCAACCUGGCAGCCGCCGACCUCUUUGCUGGCAUUGCUUACAUGUUCCUCAUGUUCCACACGGGGCCGAGGACGGCCGAACUCUCCCUGAAGACCUGGUUUAUCCGGCAGAGCCUCCUGGACACCAGUCUGACCGCUUCGGUGGUCAACCUCUUGGCCAUCGCGGUGGAGAGGCACCAGACGGUGCUGACCAUGCAGCUCCACAGCAAGAUGUCCAACCAACGCGUCAUGAUCCUCAUCUUCUGCAUCUGGGCCACGGCUCUGCUGCUGGGGUUGAUCCCAUCCUACGGUUGGCACUGCCUGUGCGCCCUGGAGGAGUGCUCCAGCAUGGCCCCGCUCUACAGCCGCAGCUACCUGACCUUCUGGGCCAUCUCCAACCUCCUCGUCUUCCUCCUCAUGGCGGUGGUCUACGCCCACAUCUUCAUCUACGUCAAGAGGAAGAUGGGGCGGAUGUCGGCGCACACCUCCUUCCACCCGCGCUACAGGGAGACCGUGGUCGGCCUCGUCAAGACGGUCACCAUCAUCCUCGGUGCCUUCCUGAUCUGUUGGACCCCCGGGCAGGUGGUGCUGCUGUUGGACGGGUUGGGUUGUAAGAGCUGCAACGUUUUGGCCGUGGAGAAAUACGUCCUCCUGUUGGCUGAGAUCAACUCCCUGAUCAACGCCAUCGUUUAUUCCUAUCGGGACAACGAGAUGAGGAGCACCUUCCGGAGGAUCCUCUGCUCCAUCUGCUAUCGGAAUCCCAAAUACACCCCCACGGCUGUGAAACCCAACGGGGCUGACCGUGGGUCGCUGUCGCUCAAUGGGCAUUUCACGGUGGAUUCCUCCAUCUGAGACGUUGGGGCCGCGCUCGUUUUCUGACCGUGGGAAUGGAGGGGGAAUCCCUCCGGUGGGAGACAUUGCACUGCGGGGUGAGGAUCCCCACAAACACCCCUCAAAGGAUGCUUUUAUAAGGGACCACUGCGCGGUUUGUUAAUUAGCGUGCUUAAUUAAAGGCUGUUUCUAAA